CCACCUGUGAAUGGGUGCACCUCGAGUCUCUUGCCGCCCAUUGACGGAUCCUUCUUCACACCUUUACAUCUUCUCCUUCUCAAACGCUACUGGUCAGCUCACCUCCUACUGCUUCUGUCACACUGAAAGCAUCCACUCCCUCACCAGUCAUCAAAAUUACCUUCCGGGCCGACAAUUGGCCCCUCUACCCUUUCCGUAGCGCCCCCCGCACGUUCGGCUGGAGCUUAUUCUCCUUGACCCUCCCUCACGCCGUCGCAUCCCUCGUCAGGCACGGAUGGGGCUGAUAGCUUAGCACUCCAACGUUCUACACAGUACAACUCCCACAGGCAGUACACACAGUAAGCUUACUUGUUGAGAGGCAUGCCUGGCCAUCCUCUCGCUGCUCCGGACGGUCCCUCGUCUCAUUCCUCUUCGUCUUCGUCUCCAGCAGGAGCACUAUCAAAGCCGAUCAAGUCCGAUAGCUCUGGCUUGAGGUCCACGCCUCAGAGCGCUACUUCGUCUCGAAGGACCCCUCCCAAUGCCUCGUCCUCGACGUACAAGGCUUCGAGCAGAAGCGCUGAGGAAACCCGACCUCUAGGAUCGCCAUCUCCCAUCGGCCGGCGUGUCUCUCCAUCCUCAUCAGAUCAGCCUUCCAGCAAUCUCUCCAGUAGUCGCAGUCAGCCUCGCGAGGCUUCGCAGACCGCUUCUUCCUCUUCCUCGUCCUCGUCCCCUUCCUACUCGCCCUUGUCGCAGGUGAGGAAUUCUAGGGCCUCGUCGCAUAGCAACUCGCGCCAGGCACCUCCCCUUUCAGCAGCUGCUCUUGGAGAUGUGCGGCCUUCUGCGCGGAGCGGGGCUCCUCUAGGCCCAAUCGCGAGCAGCAGCAACUCGGGAGACCCUCAUCGCAGUCACUCAGUCCGUUCCCAGCUGUCUGAAGGAGCUAAUACAGACGGGGGCUAUUCAUCCUCAGGGAGGGACAGUCUACGUACCGCCUCCAUCUCUCGUAGAACGAGCAGAAGUGGGAGAGCUGCUCUGCUCACCAAAGAUGGAGGCGAGUCGACGAUAAGUAGCCUCGGAAGGAGUGGUAGCUCCGCAAGCACGGUACCUACGAGUCCUGGACUCGAGCCUUUACCUCCAGUACCGCCUGCAAAAUUGGCAAUGAACGACGACGCCCACUCAAUCGUCGCGCAAGUGGCAGAGGUGCCGACGACUACACCUCCUGAGCUUGAAGACAUGGAACAUCCUUACGCUAUUCGCCGCUCUCGGUCCCGCACUCUGACUGAGGAACCUCUUCCAUUAGCUACGCAGGGGGCUGCGUUGCCGACGAUUUAUUCCGUAGGGGAUGUCAUUCACAAAGAGGCCGAACCGGUAGGGUACAAUGACAGGCAAAUGAGUCAAACGUCUCGCUGGAAUAAGCCGUUGCCGUCGCCGGGUAGUCAAGGAACCGAUAGGACGCCAUCCGAGCGAGGAGAGUCAGACGGAGCUUCUGCAGGGCUUGGUGGUAGACCGCCCUCGCGCAGCGCAUUGCGUUCAGCGAUCAGUCAAGGAACGAAGUACCUCAGACGAAGCUCAGCUGGGACGAAAAAGACGAGCAUGAGCGAAGAUCAGGAGGGUCGUCAACUCGCUCAUACUCGAGCAGCAAGCUUCAAUGGCGGGCAGGCUCCCACUGAGCUCAAGUUUGCGCCUCCAGCCCGGUCGCAUUCCCCUUUCCUGUUUCGACGAAAGUCGAAAUCAAAUCUAGCAGCAGCAGCAGCCGGAGGUCCCUCGGCCCCUCCUCUUCCCGAUCUAAAGGCCUCCCCUAUCAGAGCCGGCUUUCCCGUGUCUCAGUCUGGCCGCAGACCAAGUGACGAUCCAUCGCUGUCUGUGACAACAGCUUCACCCUCCAGGGAAGGUCCUGCAGCGCCUCUGUCGCCUCUUUCUUCUCUCUCCGCGAGACAGAGUGGAGAUUGGGUGGCCUCACCCGUUCGAGACGAAGCGUACUUGCACGAAGAAUCUGGGCAUCGCAAACCAGCUUCUCUCUCUCGAGCCGUGGACAAGAGCCCGAGGGCUUCUCCCUCAUCCAGGCCAUCGUUCCUCCACAGUCGCUCAAGUACUAUGAGUGAGCUGCAGUCCUUGUCGGAGGGUGGUGAAGGCCCCGAGGCCGCCAGGGAAAGCUGGGCGUACGGAUCGUCAUCAGAAAAUGGGGCUCCGGCAUUGAGUGGGUUGUCACCAGCGCUGAGCGUGAGCAUGAGACCGCGGCAGUCGAGGUGGUCACGCGUCAUGGGCAAAAGUGAUCAUGGUGCAUCGAUGCCAAGUCAUGAGAGCAGUCCGCGUUUAUCGCUAGCUGUCCCCGACAAGCAGUCAUACAGUGGUUCUCCAAGAAGUCAGCUUCCACAGGGCCGCUCUGGCGCAGAAGUGAGGAGCCCCAACAGCACUCGAUCAGGCAGUGAUACCACAUCGAUCCUGAGGCGCUCGCCUAUACCCUCGAUUGCAUCCUCUACUGGGUCCCGGCAGACCACGACCAUUCGCAAAGGCACAAAGCAGUCGAGUGCUGAGGGAAUCACGGCCAGCACAGGAUGGGACGCUAGCUCCGAUCACUUUGGCGCCAAGAGGACAUCUGAGACACCCGAAGUUCAUACGGCGCUGUCGGACCGUGAGGAGACGAGGGCAUCUACUCCUCUUUCACCUGCCACCAUAGGCAUGUGGUCUUCAGCUGUUGCUUCGGAACUCGAUCUGACAGAGCAGCGAAAGAGUGACGAGAGAGAUUCCCGGCAGGGCCGAGAUGGUGGGGAACCGGAACGCUUGGAGGCAUUGUCAGACCCAAACAGCGAAGACAUGUCUCAGUAUCACGAUGCACUGUCUUCGCCGGACUCUGGCGAGCUGACGUCUUCGCGUCGUGGGAGCGCCACAAAGAGAUCUGAAGCCCGAGGCCUGACUGUUGUCCCCAUUGGCGGCGCCACUCAGACCCCUUCUAAAUCUCGCUCUACCACGAGCUCGCUUGGGAGGACGCUGAGUACAAUCUUCGACCCGAGACCCAGCCUUCAGGGCAGGAUACCUACGUCCUCUGGGCCCCCGGGUAUGUAUGUUCAACCCAAGAUGGACAGCGGACGGGGUCGAUCAAGCACGCAGAGCAGCUCUCAAGAAUCGACUGCAUCAACGACCUCAACCAGGCGCUCUGGCUCGACACAAGACAAUGGCACUUCCAUGGGGCCACCUCUCCACCCGAGCACGGCAAGGAAAGCCUUGAACGGUGGUGCAAGCGCGGGCAGUUCAAGUAACGCAAAAGGAGCAAGUGCUGGCGAGCGGCGAAGCCCGACUCGCGAAAGACGGCCUUCGGCUGGAUCUGCACGCAUGGUCGGCCUGAGCAAGGCAGAUUCGGCCAAGCGAUCGACCGACACCACUCAGAUCGUGACAGGACACCAGGAAGCGGUAGCUAGCCGACAACGAGCAGCAGAGAUCGCCAAGCAGCGAGCACAAGGAGGCCCGACUCCUUUGCCCCCUCCAAAGGCCCCGGCUUCGAUAACGAAAGCCCCGCAGCCGGCAGGUGCAUCGAACGGGUCGACAACGGCCGUUGGAGCGCAGUCAAACACAUCGGCCCUCGGUCGUCUCCGCAAGAGAUCCUUGACAUCCCUCUCUGCUGUGCGGGCAGGUGCUGCAGCAAGCUCGACUGCGAAGACACUCACUGCUUCGGAGAAUGGCACCGACUCGAGGUUGACGAGCGAAGUCGCGUUCCCGACUGCCGCAGGUCCGAGCCGAGUAGCCACUACUGGAGAGCCUGUGAAGAGCAAAGCAACGCCUCCGAGCACAUCGACCGCUUCCGCAAAGAAGAUGAUCCGAUCGGCGUCUGCAAUGGACGCUUCUGACGCAAGCAAAGGCCGAUGGGACGAGAGCGCAGGAAGGCAACGCUUGACCAAGAGUCGCCACAGUCAGCAGAUGAAGGAAAUGAACGACAGAGACUUCAUGAAUUUGCUCGAGACUGCUCGGCGCGAACACAAGGAGAACGCAGCCAACAAUAUACAGUCAGCGUCUAAGGCCAUUUCGAAGCCACCUACACCGGCAAAAUCUGCCGAUCGGACGACCUCGACUGGCGCAAAAGCUGAAUUGGGUCCGCCUCGUCCUACUUUGCAUCGACGAACGUCCAGCGCAGAUGGGAGACUCGGCGGAGAUUUCCCUUCGAACGAUGGCAACGGUGUCCAAGCGCUAAAUGUGGAGAUUGAGCCAAAGGAGCAACAAGAGGCUCCCACGCCAUCACCUCUCGGUAGCGCGGUUCGCCUCUUUGAGGUAGGCCAUGCUAGUGGCAAAACGACGGACGUCUUUACCAACGACGAAGAGUGGAAGCGUGAAGUGCGCGCUCUGUUCGUCAUCCGAGAGCUCCUCAAUACUGAGCAGUCUUACGCGAGGCAUCUCGAGACUCUCUUGGCAGCAGUACGCAGGAAAGCCACGGCGACGUCAACCUCACCGGCGGCUUCGCACUCGCGUCGCAAGUCUUCCACCUCACUGCUGGGCGCUGAUUUGACCAUGUCUGCUUCGUCCGCUCUCGUCUCGAGGACUUCUUCCAGUGUCGCCUCGGAUCGACAUCUGCCAUUGAUGAGGAAUCUCUUGCCUCAAUUGAUCGCGCUCAGUCGCAGUCUUGCUGCCCGCAUCGAUGCCAACCCUACGGCUGCGGGAGUGGGUAGUGCCUUUCUGUCCAUCGCUCGGCAGCUGGAGGCUACCUUUGUGGCAUGGAGCAUGGCUGCUCAGGACAUUAUGAAGAGUCUGAGCAUCACUCAAGGUCCAAAGGGUAAGCCAAAGGACCGUCUCUUCCUGGACCCUGCCAUCGAUACCGAUAGCUCUGUGUUCAAGGUAUCUGCUGCCGAGGGCAUCAGUGAGACUUCUGGGGACGCUGCAGUCAACAAUGGUCUUGGCAUCACUGGGCGCCCUAAUACCCCUCCCGGUCGCCAUGCGAGGUCGAUCAGCUACAGCUCCCCGUCCAGCCCCGCGUCUCAGGCAUUGAAGUAUCGAGGCCGCUCCUUCUCGGCAGAACAGACAUUGCACGCCCCAGUCGGGCGGCGCAGCAAGCCCGAGAGCUCCAUGAGCACAGUCGGCGAGGUGGGUCUCGCAUCCUCACCUACCGAGAUCGAAGAUAAUCCUUUUCUCGAAGAGAGCCCCGAGCCUGCUCCAGCGAACGUACAGCCCCCGUCUCGACCAGUCUCCCCUUGGGGCUUUGCAGCCAGCACGAAGAGAUCUCUUGCAGCCGUCAAGCGCAAGCAGUCCUCGGACACGAUCACCGGAGGCGGCUGGCUCUCAAGACGUCAGAGCUUCUCGACCGAUGCGGCAUCGAUCGGGGCUUUAUCACGCGGUGGGUCUCGCUCCGGCACCUCAACGCCUUUCCAGCCCCUCGCCCCGUCCACUUCACCAGAACAGCCCUCCUCCGUCGUAGGCAGCGCCAGUGGUAUUAGUACUGGAGGCGGUGGCGGAGGCGGGUAUGGCGGCUCCACAGUGCGAGCCCUCUCGGCACUGGACGUGGCGAUCAUGCCUAUGCAGCGACCUCCGCGCUACCUCUUGCUCUUGGCUGAUCUGGUCAAGCAUACUGCCCCUGAUUCCGAGAGCCACGCGGUUGUUGCGAGGAGCUUGGAGGUGAUGAAGAUUAUUGCGAAGAAGUGCGAUGAGGCCUCGCCUACGAGGUAGAUUAGUCGAGGGGAGGCGGCAGUGCUGGUAGCAACUGGAUGAGAAGCGGGUAGGCUAUUCAGGCGCUCACUUUCGAGCUUCAUCCACAUUCACAUACACGCAUCUCAACACAACGGACAAGCUUCUCACCCUUUCUCUUCUUUCCCCAUCUCCCUUUACCCGCUUCGCACUCCACACACUCACAUUUUCAAGCGCAGAGCGCCCAAAAAAAAUGUAUCUAUACCUACCUCUCUGUCUGUCUGUCUGUCUGUCU